AUGGCCCUCUUCCCACGCCCCGUCGCGCCGCUGCGAGCGAUGCGAUGCGCCCGCCAAUCUUCCGUCGCCCUGCGCUCCUCUUUCUCCAUGUCUUCGACACGGCAAGGCGGCGGCCACAGCAACGAGUCCCAGUUCGACCCUCCCACCGGCUGGCUCUGGGGCGUCAAGCCCGGCGAGAAACCCGAACCCGAGGGCUGGGAGUGGCCCAUGGCUCUGUUUUUCGCCACAAUCGUGGCUACCGGCAUCGCAUUCGCCUUCAAGCCUGACACAACUGUCUCUACUUGGGCUCUCGAAGAAGCCCGCCGGAGGUUAGAAGCUGAGGGCAUCCUGCCCGAUCCCUCGCCGAACCAGCCUCAAGACAAGAAGGAGUAA